AUGCGUAAGUCAAACUCAACUUUCUAUUUGAUAUUUAAAAAAAACGUUUCUUUUCCAGGCGCUGCACUUGAAACCACAUGGAUAUGGUCAACAAGGGAAAGAAGUGAGUUAUUCACUCUCAAGAGACAAACUGCUCUAUUUGAGAAACAUGCGCUUCUAUCAGUUAUUAGGAAAACAGUGGUUUUCUAGAAAUCUUCGGUUCAUACUUUGAAGAAAAUUGAACAUUGAACGCUGCUAAGUUUCUCUAGGGCGUUCCUUGUGAAGUCCUAGAACGGAGCUGAUUUCUUCUAAGUUCCUUUUUCCAGAUGAGCUGAAAUAUUAUCAGCCAUGUCUUUUUUAUUCAUCCAUUUCCAAUCGAUUCCAAUUUUUGGUCGAUUUCGAGCACUUUGUUAUUUUUAGAUGGAAUAAGUUAUAGGAUGCGGCCAAAUACUGAAAAGGUUGAAUUGGAGUGAAAAAUACAACUUGGUUCGAACUUUUCUAAUGAAAAUUAGAACAUGGCCCAUGAUCGCAAUUUUUCUCAGGUUUUUCAGCAGCGGUCAGAGAUUAUUAGCAAUUCACAGAAAUCUGAAUUUUUCACAACAGCGCAUUCUAUAUAUAAGAGGCUUUCAUUUUCAUUAUUUUUAUUUAGAAACAAAUAUUUUCAAAUUCUUCCCGAAAACUGUACAUGUUCAAAAAAUAAUCAAAUUUUGAUAAUAACCAAAAAAAAAAUACAAAUUUUUCAAAUGUAUAUUAUUUUUGCAAAAAUAGUUUUUUCUCUUUCUCAAAAGCUUCCACAUCAAAAAAAUUCCAGUCAAAAGCUUCCAAAUAAAAGACUAUUUAAAUCAUUAAUUAAAAAGAGGGUAGAAAAAAUGUAAAUUUUUCAGGAAAUCCCAAAAAAUGCACAUUUUGGAAGAAAUAAUCGACGUGAAAAUGUAAAUUUUUUGAGGAUUUCCUAAAAAUGUACAUUUUUUGACAAAAAAAAAGAUGAGGGGUCACGAGAAAACAAAUAUUCCCUUUCCGUUUCUUAUGAAACUGUUUCUGGGAAAUGAAUGUUUUCAUUGAGCGUGAUGCCCUACAUUUUUAUCUACACGCGAAUCAGUUCGGACUCUCUCGAUUAUUUCAUUUCUGCUUCUCAAAAUACCAAUAAAAAGCAGACUUUUUCCAUGUCUGCAAUUUGACGUGAAAAUAAAAAAUAAAAAUGUAAAUUUUAAAGAGAACCCUGAAAAAUGCACAUUUUUUUGGAAAAAUUUUUCACGCAAAAUGUCAAUUUUUCGGGGAUUUCCUAAAAAUGUACAUUUUUUCUAGAUGUUUUCAUGAAACAUUUAUUUUAAAAAUGUACAUUUUUCGGGGUUUCCUGGAAAGUUUACAUUUUAUUUUGUUGUUAAAUCUCUUUGUUCCCCAACAUCAAGUUUAUAAAUCCUCCUUAUUAAAAACAUUUGAACUUAAUACAAAAUAAAAACAUUGAAGCAAGUGAGAAAAUUGGAUUUGAAAUUUUUUAAUGAUUUUUUUUUAUAUUUGUUCGAAUUUUUGUACAUAAUUUUAGAAUGUACGUUUAUUUUGUAGAUUUUAAAUGCUCGAUGACAAUUGUACAAGGAUUAAACUAUUUUCAAAAAAUUUGAUGAAGUUAUCCGAAUAAUGAAAAUUAAAGCCUCUUAUAUUCAUCUUACAACCAGCAUAGAAAUAUAAAAUAAGAAAUUUACUUUUUCUUAAUGUGAAAUCACAUUUUUCAUAAAGCCAGAUUUCAAAUUUAAUAAAAACAUUCUUACAGGUCAAAAAACAAUGGCGCUGAUGAACCGGGGAACUCGUCACGCGGAAACCUCAUGUGAGUUUUUUUCUAAAAUAAUUUUUCAACAAUAAAAAUUGCUUUUUGAAAUCAAAAUAAAAAUUUAAGAUAAUUCCCAUACCAAAAACCUUCUUCGGUAAUAAACACCUGGGUUUUUUCUAACAAAAAUCCUAGCUUCAUUUCUGAAUCUCAAAAUGUAAAGAAAAAAAAAAACAAAAACAGACGACAAUAAAUUUCUAACAAAAAGUGCUCAUUUCAUCGUCGAAAAAACAGUUUCCUAUGAAUUUCAUCGUAAUUUCUCAUACAAUUUCAAAACCAAUAAACUUUUAAUUUUUAAUUUGAAAAAAAAACAUUUGACUCCAAAUUUAAGAUUAAUUUAAAAUAAUUCGCAAUUCAUUUCAAGUGUUGAAUUCAAACACUAUUUUAAAAUAUAAUUCAAAUUUUUAAAAAUCUCUAAAUUUUUUAAUUCAAAAAUUGUAAGUUGCCAAUGUUUUUUGAACUCAAAAAAAUAAAUUUGGCGGUUUUUCGAAAAAAUUCAAGUUUCAAGUUCAAGAAAAAUUGAAAAUUUUACGGCCAAGCUUAGAAAAUCAGAAAAAUGAAAAAUAAUGAUAUUAAUGAGAAUUUUAGUUGUAACAUUCAGAAUAAGCAUCGAUUUAUGAUCCAGUUUAGAAGUUGAAAAACUACUCAAAUCCGAAAUUGAAUGAUAUUUCUUUCUGUCCUCGCUUUUUUGCCAAAUUGUUUUUCCAAUAAUAUACACUUUCAGAGACAAACAAUUAUUAUUGACCUAAACUCCAAAUUAUCAAAAAAUUUCGAUGAAAUUAUCAUUUUCUCAUAUCAAUCAUAAUUCAACAAUUUUCAGAUGUCGACAUCAACAAGGACAUCGACAAUCGGAAAUUCAACUUAUUGGUAAUAUUACUUUUUAUUGUUUUAUUUUCAAUAAAUAUUGGGAAAUCGCUAUCGUUGAUAAUUUGUUUUCGCCUUUCAUCCGCUUGCUUGAACUGUGAGGGAAUUAGCCUUUUAGUCUUAGUAUGGGCCUUCUGGCCAGACUUUGAUCACGCUUAG